UAAGCCCAGAGACAGACCAGAAGCCUCCGUAAAGACGUCAGCCAACCAAAGGUAGUGUAUGCACACGGCAGUCGGGCCGCGGCGAGAAAUGGUUGGAGAGCGAACGACAACUCUAGCCUUGUUUGUCAAAUGGAAAGGUGGAUUAACUCUUGGCGACAUCGGUUUCCGCGACUGCGCAUUGAUCGGAGAGAUACGAGAAUAAACAAAACCUGCAUGAUGUAACAGGGGGACUGAUGCUGAUACUAAAGAUCAUUGUCUUAUGUGUUUGAAAUCAUUGUCGUCGUACACAAUGGCGCGUACGCUCGUCAUGUGUUCAGCAGGUCCCUACUUGAAACAAAUUGAGUGGCCAUUGUCAGCUUAUCGCCAGGGAUACGCCAAACAAAGCAGGAUUCGGAUGGGAUUAGGCGUGGGGAUCCACUCCAUUUGAAGGGGAGAUUACGCUGGAAUUGUGUCAUCGUUAGAACGUGAGGGCGAGCUGUGUUCGCUAGUUCACGCCUCGCUUAGUGAAGAUGGCCCAGUUUUGACAGGAGUAGUCGAACUUUUGUUGUUCUUGGUUUGUAGCUUACCAGCACAAAGUUGUCGAACUUUAGUGCCCAGAAGAACAGAGUUAUAGGACUUUGUUGAUCACACUAGGACUAAUAGAAUGAUUAUUGAAUAUUUAGAAUUCCAGAGUUAUUGGACUUUGUGGUUCACAUUCAUGGAAUAAUCCUAGUUCAUAAAAAUAGCCUCACAUGUGUUAACGGGAUUAUCGUUUAGUUCUAAUCAGAAAAGUGCACGGAUUUUAACUGCUAAUUCUAAUGGGAUAAUCGGCGAGUGGAUCAGCGUGAUGGGACUUGGUUGUUCAAACAAAUGUCCUGAGUGUUUAGUACAAGAAGUCUUCGAGCUUUAGCAGAGGGAAAUAUGACGAGAGAAGAACGGGGACAUUUCCCCCAGACUGGGGAACUGAGUCGGGAACCGGCGACGAUGCGGCGAUGCAGGUCUCUGAGUGAACUACCGGGCCACCACCGGGUCCCCAUCCUCCGCCGGACGGACACCGCCCGGACCCGCGCCCGGCUGGAGGCGGGGGAGGAGGGGGUCAAAGAGCUGCGGGCGUUACGUCAGCACCAGCAGCAGCUGAUGGCGGAGACGAUGGCACCACGUGACCAGACGCGCCUCUUCUCCGGCCAUCACCGGGUCAAGAAACCAAAACUACCAACGGACAAAGGUCAACAGAUCCUUAAACAAAACCUGUCCUCCUCGUCAGCCUUUCACUCGGCCAAUUCUCUGGCCAGUAUAUCCGAGGAGCAGGCGUGGUGUGUUCGAUCCAACAAAACCCCGCCAUUUGGAGUCCAAGCCAAACCAGCUCAACACAGCCAGGCUUGGAACAACGCUGACCUUCACAGCCCACACCCAGGACCCGCUAAUCUGCAGCCAGACGAUUCUAAAAUUAGCAACCAAACUUUUGCAUCUAAUCUGGCAUAUUCUGGAGCAGACGUAAACUUCGUGAAAACACAGCACCCUUCAAAAGGGAUGGGCAGAAAAUGUUAUUCCUCUCCACAGAAUCGCCUUGUUCACAAAACAGACCCUCGCCAAAAAUCUAGAACCGAUUCGUUACAUAAUAUUCCAGAACAGCUGGAACAAAGACGCCAUGUUGUUAUUUCUCAAACGGAUCAAAGAUUCGCAAGGGGAAGAACCCAGUCAGUGCAUGAAAGUUUCUACUACUUUCCGUAUUCUAUACCAGAGAGUAGUCCUUCAAACCAACAUGACAACAUAAGGCAAUAUUUUAAUCCUGGUUCAGACUCGCAUCUUAAAACAUCGCUUAGGUCAAGGUCAAUGCAAAUUAAUGAAUAUUCAAAUAGGUGUUCUGAAGGUCAAGGAUACAAUGUCUCAUACCAGUCUACGAAGCAGCACAAAAGUAUGUCGUGGGAUAACUUAAUUCAAUCCAUUGGUCUGCAUCACAAAAGUGCGGCUCAGACAGACAUUGGCAGAAAUAUUUUUUCUGGACAAAAUAACGCUGAAGGCAGUUUGGUUAACAUGAGUGAUGUCAGCCUCGAACACAAUAAAGAAAACGACAGCCAGAUAACAGUGCAGGAAUCUGAGAGAAUUUCAAAGAAAGCCGGCAGAAGCCAAUCGUUCACAUGCGGAACUGUCAUCUCUUCAGGUUUUUUAACCAAUUCACUGAACAAAAAUAACAAGUUCAAGGUUACGAAUGACUACGCAGCCGAUGUUCUGGAAGAUCCUUUCUCGUCUGCUAUUCUUAGAAGGCCCAGUAUUCUGGGAGAAACUGUGAUAACCAAGUUGAACCCUGGGAACAGAAUCAUCAACCCUCUGCACGAGGUUGACAUAACAGCCCUGAACAACCCGGGCCCUCUCCAUGCUGUCACCCUACAGUACAGCAGCCUGUCUUUAAAAAACCUGCAGGCUUUGUCAACUUCUGGAACCCUGGGUCCUGAGGUCGCCACAGGUCUGGACAGCUCUGACCAGAACCCCAGAAAACAUGGGCUGUCCUCAAGCUUUCAAUCGCUGACGUCUGUUGCAAAUUCAAGCGAACGUUUAGAUCUAAAUAAAGCACAUGAUCUUACAGUAGACAAAACUAGAACUUCAAGGCCGGUUACUGCCGAAACAAAUAACCAAUCAAGAGUACAGUCUACAGAAAAUAUUUCAGGGAUCUUGCCGGAUAAAUCAUCGAGAAACAAGCGUCAUGAUACAAGUCACACAAUUAUUGUUGACAAUAAAUGUCAAAGGUCAGCUAUAAAUAGAUGCAACACCACCAUGAAAAUAUCACGUGUUCAUGCCCAGCAUAAUGAAACCUUAGCUAGCAGAGCCACAUACGUGAGGCAAGAUGUGAUCCUAGAAGAAAACAGAUCCUCAUCACAGUUUUCAGAGAGUUUUUCUAAAGAAAGCCUUGUGGUACUAGAAUCUAAAACACAUGCAACGAAUGAAAAAAUAAAAGAUGGCCAAGUGACGGUUCAAGAAAGAAAUAACAUGGAAUCUACGUCAGUGCAACACAAUGUUGAAGUGAGCUUUGAUGAGAAACGUGAUGUGGAUAACAAAAUAAAACAUUCUGAAGCGCAGCAACCUCACAAACUUCUAAAUGAUCCCUCUUUAGAACCUGUAUAUUUAAAUAUGAAUCUAAAACCUAAAGAUGAGCUAAAUAUAAAAGACAGGAAGAAUCUUUCAUCUGAUCACAUCCCACCUGAAGAGAAACUUCCUGCCCCACCCUCAGAUAUCAGCCAACAGCUUGCCUCCACCCCCAACACCAGUCUCCUCUUUGACGAGGGUUAUUCUACCUGUGACUCUGCCAGUCCCAAAUGGCACACCCUCAGACAUCACUAUAGCGACUACAGCUCCUUGAGUAGUGACAGCAUAGUCAGUAGCCUUGGGGAGUCUCUUUGCCUUAGUGAUACACACAUGGCUGUCAAGCUGAACAAUAUCCCUGAACUAAACUUAAACUCCACAGCAGAAGAUGGCAGCCAAAUAUCAACACAGGAACCUACAUGCACAACUAACAACACUGGUCACAGUAUGCAAGCUGACACUGCAACUCAAAAAUAUAUUACAGUCUCAGUUUCAAACCAAGACAAAUCAGAUUCCAGCAUAAAUGCCAAGAAAAAUACUAAACUUGUCAGCUACCGGGGAGUAAUGAAGUGUGAGACAUUGAACCAGAGCUGCAUACGCACUUUGGAGACAAACACACAGCCUGCUAAAGCACCAAACUCCAGUUCACCACAAACCGCAACAACAACCAGUAAAACACCAACUAAAAGUACAACAUCCACCACAACAUUAAUUACUAAAACCCCAGUCAAUUAUGCACCAUCCAUCUUAUCAGUAACUGAUAAUUCACUUCCCACUAAAACACCAACCAUCAGUACAUCCCCCACUACAACAUUAUUUAUUAAAACUCCAGUAAACUCUACACCACCUACCACAACAACCAACAAUACACCCUCCACUAAAACACCAACCUGCAGAAUGCCACCCAGCAUAACACCCACCAUAACACCAACCAUCACACCGGCCAUAACAUCCACCAAUACACCAACCAUCACACCAGCCAUCAGAAAGCCCACCACAACAGACCCAGCUUUAAAGUGUGAAGACAAUCCGAAAAUGGCUGCCACUUCGGGGCCCCAGGCAGGGAGAAGCUGCCCACCCCUCACACCUGACAAUACCCAGCCCUCUACAGCCAAGGGGAAUCAACCAACAACUCAAUACAAGCCAUUCAAACAAACUGCUGUUUAAAGCUUUAUCAUUUAAUUUUUCUGUUCUAUUUACCAUGCAAUUGUUGUAGCACUGUACAUGUGUAAAGCUGAAUCAACUAUUGGGUGUAAAAUACUGUAUCCCAUUACUUAGAUAAUUUAAUUAGACAAUGUAGCACAUGCACAAUGGGAAAAAUGCAUCAUGUGCAGAUUACUUAAAUUAACUGCUGCAUUACACAAGGAUUCUGGGCUAUGAUCUGCAGAAUCUCAGAACACCAAUAAUGUACCUUCUUAAAAAAAAAAAUUUUUUAAUUUAUUGUCCUGUACAGUAUGAUUUUGUUUUUAAUGUUAAAAAUAAGAAAUUUUGAAUGUUUAGAGACUUUUCUGAGCAAUGUUCCUGCUUUAAAUUAUUGUAUCCCUCCCUUCCCUAAAUCUUAUGAUUAGCUUUAUGAGUGUUGGUGUAUAGUUGUUUGGGUUUUGCUUUGACCUUUCUAUAAAGUGAUAGGGUAUGUAUUACACACCCCCCUCCCCUAAUCAGUAUUUAUUGUUGAAUGAUGCGGCCUACACAACUAAUUUCUUGUAGUUUAGAGCAGCGUAAAAAAUAUUUGCCAAUAUUUUAACAUAGAAAGCAUAGGCACAUUGCAAGUGAUUUAUGUGUAUGUCUCAAAGUAGAUAUGUAAAUUGUUGGUCUUUCAUCUGACAAAUAUCAGACUUAAAUUGUUUAAUCUUUCAUAAAUGUUUAUGAACUAGUCAAAAAUGGCUUGUAAUAAAUGUAUUUACACAGAGUAAACAACUUUCAACUAGCUUGAAUCAUUACUACUGUCAUGACAGUGACAGUUCUAAGAGAUACACCCCAGCUGGUAAAAACAACAAAUAGUUCACAGAGUAGUGAUACAAAAAAUAGUUCCACAGGGCACAGCUUUAGUCAGUGUCCAGCACAUUAGCCAUGUAAAAGCUACAGAACUUAUUAGAUUGUUUCAGUUGAAUUAAAAACUCAGUGAAGAGGAGAAUUCCCACCUAAAUUUUGUAAACAAUAACAGUUUGGUAUUUGAAGCAACCUCAGUAUUAUACAACAAAAGGGAGAUAAGUUCAAAUAUAGAUGGUGUCUGUCCUUGAAAUAAACAGCUAUGUCAUUAAACCUGAAUUUCAUGUCUUCAAGCUUGUUUUCUUGUAUUUAAAACAUAUUUGUACACUUGCACAUAUUUAAAACCUGUAGCAGAAAAUUAACAAAUG